UUAGCAACCGAAAACAGUUCUUCGUUUUCCUCACAUUCAGAUAUUUUUCAACUAUUCAAGAUGGUUCAAAGAGGUGCCACAGUAACUGCAACGAAAUUAGUAUUGGUGGUGGCUGCCAUUUCGGCGUCCUUGCCAGCUCUCGCAUCUGCUUCACCUGUGCGAGAUGGAACCUCGCCAGCUUCACCUUCAGUCGUCAUCGUCAAUGGAACCUCAGCCGAAAUCGGUUUCAUGGACAACGCCUUCAUCUACUGCAGGAUACAACUCCCACAUGCACAGGACUCCCUCCACCACUACAGGAUCGAAUGGCACAAUUCCUCAGAAGAAACAGUGCCCACCUGGAGUCAGGAUGCCCACGUGUACACACUUGGCAGUGGCAGUCAUGUGCCCCACUCGUACCUGGUGUUCCAGGACUUCACCAGCAGACUGUCUGGGGACUACUCCUGCAGCGUCAAGAGGAACGGCGUCGCCCUUUCCUCCCGUCGCAUUGCUGUCCGUUGAAGUCGCUCUGAAGGGAAAUUGUUUCGGAUUAUGAAUCUCAGAUUUUAGAUAGAAAUCUGUAUUUAAUGAAAUUAACUUAUUGCUAUUUAAUCUUGUUUUUAUCUGAAUAUUAUUUAUUGUUAUUUAUAGUAUACGCUCUUC